AUGGAUCUCUCGCCCUCGACAUGGCGCGUGCUCGGCCUGAGCGUGGCCGGGACGUACAUCGGGCUGGGGACGUUCGCGCUCACCUGCCCCGUGCUGGCGGGCCAGGGGUUCGGGCUGUACCCGCACUCGUCGGCGGCGACGAGCAGCUCGAGCGCGGCGCCGGGCACCAACGCCAACCCGACCAAGGGCAGCACGGCGCCGCCCGCGCACGCCAAUGUCGACGUGGCCAACCACGCCGCCGCGGUGACCACCUCGAUGGCCCUGCUGGGCGCCCGCGACCUGAGCAUCGGCCUCGCCCUGGCCAAGUUCGGCACCGACUCCAAGCUGCACGAGAUGGGCACCCUGAUCCUCGCUGGCAUGGUUCUCUGCGUCGUCGACGUCUACCACAUCUGGCGUCUCCGCGGCUCCGGCUGGGGCGCCGCCUUUGCGGCCGGGGCGGGCAUCUGGAUCGGGAUCGGGGCCGGGCUGGUUCAGGUGUAGCGACCUAGUUACUGGAGGAUGGUUGGCGGAGCUGGGAGAGGCGAGAAGAUGGUGGCGACUGGUGGCUUUGGAGAGGGAGGACGGCUGGGCGACGACUGUGAGUCCGUGGAUGAGGGAUGUAAAUACUGUCUAUUCAUCACAUGAAAACAGGGGAGAGGAAAAACCGGCAUGCCACGAAUUCACUGGGAUCAUCACAUUAGUCCCCUCUUGCCAUAUCUAGACCAUGCCAGAGAGGAAGCAGCAAAAUCUCUACUCAUCUUCUUUCC